ACGUUCUGCGACGUAGGACGUUUCCUGCGAGGAGGAGGAGGCAAGAGUUGAUCAUCUUUUGGCCACAAAAGUGGACUUUCGCUGAUUUACGAGUGAAUUUGACGGGGGAAAGCACGUAAAUAAACGGUGACGCCAAAGUCCAUGUAGCCAGCAGAAAAGCCAUGAACGUGAGUUUGAAAAGCAAGAAGCGCGUGGUCCUCCCCAGCAGACCCUCUCCGCCCAGCGUGGACCACAUCCUGGAGGACGUCAGCGGCGCUGAGCCCGGUGACCCGGUCUUCCGCAUCCUUCAGCGGCCCCAACAAGCGGGCGAGGCGGAGCAAACCUUCCGGCAAUGUCGGCGCCUCGCCGACGUCAAGCGGCAGCUGCAGGAAGUGGAGGCGGUCCUCCUGCGUCAGCGGGAACACCUGAGGGCGACGGGCCGUGGUCUGGACCGCGAUGUGGCGGAGGUCAAAAGUGGACUAUGCUGACUGCUCUGGAGCUCCGCCUUUGACCUUUGACCUCACCGUGACGGCAGAAGUUGACUGGAGGGACGACGGAAUGCAAACGUUGUUAAUGAGGACGCCCCCUGGUGGCCGAAGGCUGCUUGCACAUACAAACCUCAUCACACUCGUGGUAUUAUUUUCAUAUGAUUAUUAAAGGGAUAUAUGAUGGAAAA